AUGGCGGAAACUCAGCAAGAGUCAAAGUUUGCGUUGCCGAUUUUAGAAGGCUCAGAUGCUGACAGUUUCGUCGUAGAGUUUCCCGUUGAAGGAGGUCGCACACUGGUGUGCACAGUGCGCCGCCACCCAGAACCCAUAGCAGCUGAGACGGAAACAGUGCAGGUGCUCCUGUCUUUUAAAGCUCCCUUUUUUAUGCCUCAUGAGGGCAAUAAAGAGCUGUUCCUACACUGGGGGGUAGCCAAGAACCCAGGCGAGUGGAUGGCACCCGAAGGGGAGUUUCGUGAGUCGCUUCGUAGCUGUGGUCAGAGGGUGAAGUUUGGAGAGACGGCAACUGACAUUGCAUUUCCCUCGCCAUCUUCUUCCCCACCACCGGUGCUGGACCUCACCUGCCCAGCACACGUAGCCCCUGAGUAUUUGGUAUUCGUACUACACUCUCCCCCGCACGAAUGGUUCAAACAGCCAAACCCUGGCCGUCCUUCGACUAACUUCAUGCUACCGCUCAGACAGGCUCUUAACCAGAUGCUGUCCAAGGUUGCAUUGCUCAAUGCCAUUUCGGCUUACAAGGAAACGCAGCCAAUACGUCAAAUCAAACCCAGCAGUGCACACUACUGGAGGAUCGAGGUAAAUGAUGGAGAUAUGCAGCUGCUGCUGCUGACAUAUGCGGACAGCGAGGCAUGCGGGGUGGAAGUCUUUUGCAACUGGCCGGCCGCCCUGUUGUUGCACUGGGGGACGUGUGGGACAGCCAGUUGCCCUUGGAAGCGCAUGGAACUUAAUAAGAUGCUCGUGCAUGUAGGUGGCGACGAGCAGCAGCCACAGCAACAGGAGCAGCAAGAUCAGCAGCGCGGGAAGCAAUCGAAGCAGAGGAAAGGGCAGGAAGAGGGUCACAAGCAAGAAAAAAAAGAAACCGACAGGAAUGGAUGUGGACCCGAUGCAUCUUGCGCAUCAGCCGAUUCUGAACAACAGCAGCAAAUGAGCGCAGAAGCCGCUCGUUUAGAGGUUGUUUACGGCACCUUCGCCCAUUACCCAGUUGAUGAUAAAGCAUCACAAACUGCCUUUGAGUUCUGUGAGACUUCGCGGAGCGUGGGCUUCCAGCGGGUGGCAUUGUGCUUUAGAGGGGAUGCUGUACCACCUGGUUUAUCCUUUGUGUUGAAAGAGGCAAAGGCUGAUCGCUGGUUCUCAGAUCAGUCAGGGGACUUCUUCGUAAAACUCCCCAUGCACCCCCACUGGGAGAUCCUGAAGGCUAAGUACAAAAAGAUUGCAGAAAUGAGGGCUAUUGAGGAGGCCAGGGAGCAAGAAGAGAGAAGACAGAAAUGGAACGACGCAAAACAAGCAUUCAAUAUAUUUGUUCAGGAGCAGAACCCCGAAACCGCGUUGGCGAUGAGGCGCGUGCCCCUCUCAGAUGACGUGGGAGAGAUGUUGGUCCGGACAGAAGCAGACGCCACGAGAAACAGCAUUCGCAUAUCUCUCACAGCCUGCCUUCGAACUCCCUGUAUGCUGCGAUGGGGCAUGGUUGAUAUUAUGGGGAGGCGGCAGACGGAGUUGCACUCGGAGAAACAAGCCAGUGAGGAGGCAGCCCGCGUAGCAGCAACGAGAAAGGGAGGAAGGUACCAGUGGAUAUGUCCUCCAGCUGAAGUUCGACCGCCGCAUACCGUCGUUGCAGAUCCACAGAGGGCUUGUGAGACUCCCUUUGAAGAUUCUCCCGACGGAUUGCUACAAUGUCUAGAGAUUCACGUCCCAGCAGCGAAGGCGCUUCCCCAGUUUGAAGGCGAUCCCGGCAUCCAGCCUCUCUUUGAAGGCUUUGCCUGCUGCCUUAGGGAAAGGUCUGCCGACAGGUGGUACAAGGCCAUAGACAACAGAGACAUCCAGAUCCGUCUCUUAGAUGUUGAGAACAUGCCAUGCAAGGGUGAAAAUCGAGAUUAUCUGGAGAAGGUUGUCGAAGCUGAGGUGGAGUGGCAACAUAUGACGCUGAUGCACCGCUACAACUUGAUGCGUCAAUUCUAUGAAUCCUUCUCUCGUCGGUCCGAGGAACGGCUGCACUCCUCCCCCGACUAUGGUACACGGGCGCAGAGAGUGGCAGAGCUCAUUCGUGCGUGGCCUCGACGACAGUGGGAAGGAGACGAGGCGCCUUUACCCGAGGGCUUUGGGUGCUCUAUGGGGAGGGCCAGAGCUGCACAUGAGGCCGUGGCGUAUAACGAGCUGGCGACUGCGGAGGCAGCAGAAGAGCAGGAGUUCUGGGAGCUCAUGUUUACAUGGGCACGUUUUGCAUUCUUGGGGCUGCUGGAUUGGCAGCGGAACUACAAUACGAAGCCGAGAGAGCUCGCACAUGCAUGUGAAUCCCUGACAUUCUGCGCAGUCAGACUGUGGCGUUGCCAUCCUUCUCACCGCACGCUGAUCCGCAGCUGCCUUAGCACCAUGGGGAGGGGGGGAUCUCAGGGACAAGCCAUCAGGGACAAAAUCCUAGAGAUUAUGCACAAACACCACAUCCCCGAGCACGGCUCCUUUUAUGAGCAAUGGCACCAGAAACUGCACAAUAACACAACUCCAGAUGACAUCGGCAUUUGCAGGGCAGUCAUCGCCUUCCUGGAGUCCCGGGGAGACCUCUCUGCCUUUUGGCGCGUGUUGUCUGACCAUGGCAUUACGAAGGAGAGGCUUGCAAGCUACGAGAGGAAAAUAACUAUGGAGCCACAUCUCGUGCAAACGAACAUCAACGAAUUGGUAAACGAUUUCAAGGCCUAUCUGAGCGUUAUUCAAGACGUUCACGACGCAAGAGACGCCAGAAAAGCGUUCGAUUAUGCACGAGGAUACCUGCAAGGAGACACAGUCCACAUGGUAGAGACAGUGCUGACGGAGAUGGGACAGCGGACAGAUGGCAUGAGUCCUGGAGAGGUACACAAUCGUUUUGUACGGUUAUCCGAAGCGCGGCGUCGCCUUUGUUUCCAGCUAAACGAGAACGGCUCUCUUUCGGCUUGUGAUGAUUCGAGGGUAGCAGAGACACGGGAGCUUCUAAUGCUCGACUUUGUCUUGGAGCAGCAGCAGGGGCUACUGCUGCAGGCUACGGCGGCCUUUGAUGUGCACCAGCUUGCAACGCAUCUCAGAGAACUGCUCCUCUGUCUUUCCGCCCACGACCCCGCCAAUGUUGAACUCGCGAACCUGUGCGCUGAUUGGCAGCAUCUCUCGGGUGACCUCGCUCUGGCUUGCGUCUCCGAGAACAGCUCAAGCAACGAAUGUCGGGAGGCGGCAUUACUUUUGAAGGCUCUGCUGGACCGUCUGUCUAGGUUUAUAGGCAGACAAGUUGAUGCAGUACAGGAGGGUUUAGGCCCUAAAGCACAAUACUUGGGGGCCCAAGUGGGAGCUGACAAAAAAGCUCUGGACUUCUUCGUGGAUGAGGUUCUAAGAGGGUCAUCGCUGCUCAGUGUCGCCUUUUCCAUCAAGCGACUCGAGCCCUUCCUUCGAAAGACAGCCUGCCUUCCUGCCUGGCAACUAAUUUCCGUUGUUGAACGGGUCAGGGGAGAGCUUGUCACGAUUGACCAACUCUCCGGCAUUCAGGACAAGGUUUAUGAGUCGCCAACAGUGCUCUUGUGCAACGCCGUGAGUGGGGAAGAGGAGAUACCCGAAGGCGUUCAGGCUGUUCUGGUCCGCUCAGCAGCUGUCUCCCCAGACAUCCUCAGCCAUGUAUCGGUCCGCGCGAGAAACGCUCAUGUUCUCCUCGCGGUUUGUUUUGACGAGGCUGAGAGUGGCAAGCUGGAGGAGCUGGCAGGGGAGUGGGUGGAGGUUUUGUGCACACGAGACGGCAGCAGUUUGUCAGUUGCGGCUGCUCCUGACUUGAGACCGGACAAGGCCAUUCAAAGGGCUUGUUCUGGUUUAUUCAACCGCCAGGCAUCUCAGCUCGCUCUCGAAGCGUACGAGGAAGAACGGACUCGCAAAGCCAAAAAGCAUACAGACAGAAAUGUGGCGCUUCUUGAUGCCUCUGCAGAUGCCCCCUGGGCUCUGACUCCAGACAGGUUCACAAAGUCGGUGGUUGGUUCCAAGUCUCUAAACAUAGGGAAGCUAAAGGCCUCUCUUCCUAAGGAUGUGCUCACGCCUCAGUCUAUUGCACUCCCAUUCGGCAGUUUACAACGGACUUUGCAUGCGCCCGACAACGCACAAGCACUCCAAUCCUUAAGCUCUGCCUUACGGCGUCUGUCUAGCAGUCUCAAGAACGCCGAAGCUGAGGCCAUCUUCGAUAUUUGCCGCAAAGCAAUGCUCGGCGUCAUUGUUCCCACAGAGCUCAGAAAGGCCCUCGAAGAGGCCCUUCAGAGCAUCGAUGGCCAGGGAACCAGCGACGAAGGUAGCAAGUGUCUCGGCAAGAGGCCUCGUCUGAUGGAUCUCUGGAGGAAGAACGGUGACACCAAAUGCGCAGAGGCUCUAGUGGAAGUUUGGGCUUCGCUUUUUGGAUUGAGACCCUGGGUUUCCCUGACGAAGGCGUCGCGCGAUUAUUGCGAGCUCAACAUGGCGGUUCUCGUGCAAGAACUGCUCCCAGUCCGGUAUUCGUUCGUGCUACAUACGAAAAAUCCCUUCUCCCAGGACCCCAACGAGCUCUAUGGAGAGAUCGCUCCAGGACUCGGUGAAGCUAUUGUGGGGAACUAUGCCGGCCGUGCCCUGGGCUGGACACAGAAGCGCAACGGGGAACCAACAGUUAUUGCAUUCCUGAGCAAAAGUGUUGCAUUGACCUGCGAACCUUGUUUGAUCUUCCGUUCGGACUCGAAUGGAGAAGACCUGGAAGGAUUCGCAGGGGCCGGUCUCUUCGAGUCCAUUACGGCGGAACGAUCAGUUUGGCUACCUCUCUGUUACUGUAGGCAGCGCCUUGUAAACGACAGACCAUAUAGGCAAGCGUUACUUGACAAGAUCAGCAAGAUUGGAGUUCUCGUGGAAGAACUCUACGGAGAGCCGCAGGACAUUGAGGGAGUUGUUAUUGGUGAAGACACGAUUGCCCUGGUGCAGACGCGUCCCCAGGUCUAA